ACAAAACAAAUCCAAUUUUCACCAGAUCAUCGAUUCGGGCAAAACGCAAUUUGGAUUGAUAUUUUUCAAAAAUUCACUAAUUAUAUUCAACUCAUCGGUGUGUCGUUUUCGCGUUUCUCCUUGACCACGAUCGAUAUCGUCAACCUCGAAUAGGAAGUGUGUAAAUACAUAAAGUGUGUCGCGUUUGGAAUACAUUCGUCAACGUUGAUUGAACUUAGGAUUGUUUUUUUUUCGUUAGCCCAUUAGGGAAAAAGAAAGUUAAUUCCCAACAAAGAGACGUAAAAGUUUUCUAAUCGGAAAAGGUGACUGUUUCCGGGAUCCGAUCCACUUCCGGUGGAGUGUUCCGUUAGUGGGGGAUAGUGUGCAUUCAGAGAGUGUCAGCUCCCUUCCCUUCCGGGGGUCUUUGGGUGGAGCCUCUAGCAUUGUGCAAUGAGCACAGGCCCAAACUGGGGCCAACUUCCGGCCGUGGUCAUUACGGAUGUUUUCCGUUAUUUGAACUUUCACGAUCGGUUGCAGGCAUCAGCCAGUUGUUGGCACUGGCGUUCGGUCCUCUUUCAGGCCAAAUUCUUCAAAGCUGUCCACUUCGAUGUAGGCCGGGAGAACAAACGAAAGAAUACUUUCUUAAUCCAAUGUUUGGCAAACAUAGCAAGUGAGGCGAAAAUCUCAUUCGAUUCGUGCAAUCUCUACGAUGUGGAAUUGGCGACCGAGAUUCUUUACAAGCUUAGUAAAAGUACAUGUCUUCUAAGUUUGUCGUUGUGUCCCAAAUAUGCCACCUUAGUUACUCCCGGGCGUUUCUACUCCGAAGAAGAAUGGAAUUACAUUUCCAGAUUGUUCGUUGAGCCAAUAAAAACUUUGCUGGCUCGUCAGAAUCCACCGCUUAGAGGAUUGGACCUGGGCUGCUCGGAAAUUUUGUCAUUGCAUGCAGCCGAUUUUCUUAAUAGCUGUUCGCGUCCACAAUUCUUGCGCAGACUAGAAUUCGCCUCGGUCAAACAGGACCCCGGUCACUACGCGCUGACGGCCAUCGAACCGAAUUUGUUUGAGAAAUGCAACUCGCUUCAGUGGCUGUCGCUAGAUUACGACAUCAUGUGCGACGAGUUCUUGCAGACGCUUCAACUGUUGCCCCUGCGUCGUUUGGUCAUUCAUGUGCAUGGGCUGGAUGGGGAUCAUCCGGGCGUUUCGGAAGCAGCCUGGGCAAGCUUUCAGGCCGCCAAUCCACUCGUCGAGCUGCACCUGACGCUGGUUUGCGCCUAUGAAGCGGUUGAUAUUUUGCACAGUCAAAUCUUGCGCCCCUCGAUGCCAUUGACUCACCUGAAGGUUUUGUUCUGUGAAAGGAUUAAUUGUGAUGCUUUGGAGUACCUUUCCCGAUAUUAUAAAGAAACUUUGAGAAGCAUGAUAUGGGUGGAUUCCAUGCGCAUCCAAGAGUACCGGAACAUUAUGGAGCUGGUGCUGCGUACAGAACAGGACCCCCUUGUUAUGAUGGCCUGGCGGUGCAAGAAGCUGGAGGAAAUCGUCAUCCAUGGGUACGUGCUGGAUCCGCACAAUCUGGUUGGCAUUUCACGGCUGCGCGGCAAGGAUCUGAAGCUGCUGGAGGUAUCGCGGGUCGAUCUGUCGAUGCCGUCGAUCAUGAUGACGCCCUUCAUUGAGGAAAUCAGCACCCAGUUGGACCGCAAGUGGGCCCCGUUAGAUCCGAAAACGUUGCCACCGGCGCUCGGCUUCUAUCCCGUCUCCGACGAGGUGCGCGAUCAGUACAUCCUGAAGUACAUCCGCAACGGCAACAUCCUUGCCUGAUGCGACGAGCGUCGGCUGCUGGAUGCAGCUCACAGAGAAGCCGACCGCUAGGAUAAUUUAUCUGUAGCUCAAAGCUGAUGCAAGAAAGAAAGACGGCCACAAAUCCCUACCACUUAUAAUUUUUUUCGAAUUUAGGAUCAAGAUUCAAUCUAAACCGCAAGUAGCAGCUAGAAGCAUGUUGCAGAGCAAAAGUUAAAAAAAAAUAGUUUUAUUGCUUAAUCAAUUGUAUUUUAGAGAAACAUUUGAACAAACGAUGAAGAAUCACUAAAGAAACCAAGAAAAGCAAUGGGUGCGCGAACAUUUUCCCCCUUAAACACGCAAACAAAUACCUUAUAAGAAGCAAGCUUUCCCAUGUUCUGAAAUCGCUGAGCUAAGAUUAGGAAGAAAAAAAAACAACAGUGCAAUUACCAACGUCUGAAAAUACCGAAAGUGCGAAAGAGAUUUUUUGCCGAGCACGAAAGGAAGCUAUUCUAUUCUAGAUGCUACAGAAUGCUAGAAUAAUUUACGAUUUCUCAAGCGAGAUGUGUAAGAAUCUUCAAGCAAAAAAAACCGGAAGCUGGCAAAAACCUAGACUGGCGUGCUCGGAUUUGAUUUGAGAAGAGUGCGAGAAACAAACGAAAUGAGGAAAACAAAUCGACAAAACAACAUCAACGGAUCUGUGAUUAUUAAAUAUUUUUCGUGGAUAAAAUUAUUUAUUGCCCCCCUAUCUCUAUUUCAUUAUAUAGUACUACUACCGAAUAUGUGUUAAUCUCCGAAUUUAUCUAAGUUUGUUUUUUGCUUAUACAAGACACGAUUUAUAAGAGAAAGGAGAAGAAGAAAAAAUCGAACGUGUGUGCGUGAAUAUGAUACUAAGAUACGACGGUUUGUAGUUUUUGUUUUUUUCGUUUUUUUUUGUUAACCUUUUAUUGAAUAUAUUGUGCAUCCCUGUCGUAUUCGGGAUAAAAACGGCCAAAUUUAACUAACUUUUCAAGGAAGAUAAACGAAAAUGGUAAGAGAGAAAGUGUGUCAAACGAAACAAAAUUCACCAUGAACAUUUCCAAUCAUUUUGCCACCUUAAAUCGGUUUUUUGAAAGUAUGAAAAGAAUAUUCUAAAAUCCAAUAAAAAUCAUAGGAAAUUAAUUGUAUUGAUUAGGGCAAAAUUCAGUAUUCUAUUUAAAAUUUGAAACAAAAAAGAAAGACUCAGAUUACGAAAUUGAAAAACAAAAUUGAAGGAACAGAAAAAAGUUUGUAGAACGAAUGGCCAAAAAUCGUAUUAAACAAUGUUUUGUUAAUAGAAAAAAGAAACGGUUAUCUUUUGUUUCGUUGAUCACGUUCUGUUUAAAAAAUGUUCCAAUUUUGUUCUAGAGUAAAUCAAGUAAUAAUCGACAGGCGGAAGAUAGAUUUGUCAAAAAUCAGAAAUUUGUCGAAGUCGUAUGAGCAAAUGCAAUUUAUAAAAAAGUAAUUCUAUCUAUGGGAGGAAUACAAAAAAAAAGUAUUUACCAUUCACUCGGAAAAAAAGAGAGAACUAAUAAAACGAAUCCAACGAAAUAUACUUUCCAAAUUAGGCUAGAUCGAUCUGAACCGGAGCCAUUAACCCAAAACAAGAUUAAAAAAAAAACUAACCACAGGGCCAGUGGAAUAUCUCAUCAAAUUAAUAGAGUUGAAAGCUAAAUUGAAUGUUCAUUAGGGUUUAAGAGAUAAGAAAAAACAUUUAUGUGUGUUUAUUAUGUACCUUUGAAUAAAAUAAUCAAGAAACAGAAGGACAAAAAAAUACUAAUAAUUCGUAAUCAACUCUGAUAGAAAUUGUAGUAGAACUUAUGACAAAAAAAAACUUUUUAAGUAGUAAAACGGGCAAAACUGCGAGCCUUAUUUUCUCAUCCCUCGGGAGAGAGCAGAUUACGUUACAAUGGAUUUUGUUUUUCCACGAGCUAUCGAACAGCAAAGACACGAUAGUCUCCUGUUUUCAGUUAAUAUUCCUAGUCAACGGAGAGCAAAAAUAACGUACGAAAAAUCGGAAUAGAGGAACAAGGGUUUAGUCGAAAAAAACGGAUUGAUGACAUUUAAGUAGCAGCAAACAACAAUCGAAGUAAAGAGUUUGAAAGCCGAGAAAACAUUCAAACAACUAGUAGCGUUUAAGGAAACACAAAAACAAAACAACUGUGAGAGUGAUACAUUUAAAUGAAAAAAAAGUUUAAUAAUAAUGGUAACAACUGCAGCAACAAAACAAACAGUAACAACAAACGAAUCAAUAGAGAAACUCGUAUAAUGUAGAUACUUCUUAAAGAAGGAGGCAAAUCACUUUCAAACCUAAAGCAAAUCAAAUCAGAGCCAUUCGGUGGCUGUUAAGGCAGGUAUGAUAACACUGAACUAAACUACUCUCAAGAUGAAAUCGUGCAGAAAUAUUUUCCAUUUUUCCGCAGAACAGAAAGCAAAACAAAAACCGUCCCUUCCACAAGCAAACAAACCGAAACUAAAGAAAAGCUAAAACUCGUUUUUGAUAGAAUCCGUUAAGUGAAACAAAACCAAAUAAAUAGAAGGAAAAACAACACUCAAGCAGAAGGGAACAAAACAACAAGAACUGAAUAACAACAAAACCUUAAAAAAAGAUCUUGAAACAGUGUGCCUAAGCCCCCCACGCAGAAAGAACAAAACCAAACUGAAACCAGAAAACCAAAUAGUCAGUUAAAAGUGUGCGAGCAAUCAUCUCAAGACAGACAGUCGCUGGUAAACUUUUUGUAGAGAAUCGAAACAAAAACCGAAAUAACCGAAGAAUCCUCCCAACUGUUGUUCGAGUGAAUUAAAAAAAUCAAAAAAAUCGUAGAGGAGAACAACUCGAAACAUACCAACAGGAAAACAAAACAAACAAAUCGCAUAGAUAAGUAUCAAGCAGAUGAACUGUUAAAAAAAUCAACAAAUAAGUGCAACAAUAUGUCUUUAAUAAGAACCUAGUAAAAGGAUGUGAAACAACAGUCAAACAUCAGCAGUAACAACAAAAAGAACAAACAAAACAACAACAAUUCCUUUACGCAACAAAUCAGAUCUGUGAUAAUAACGAAAAAAUAUGAAGAUGAUAAGAUAAAAAAUCUAAUAACUUGUAUCUAACCGACGAGAACGAAGAAAAAAAUACAAACAAACAGGCAAACACAGAGAAACGAACGAAUGAACGCGAAUAAGAAUAAAGAGAUAAGCAGCUACUACUUCGACGAGAAGAACGCAAUCAACGGACAGUAGAAGAAGGAGAAGACGUAGGAAAUAUCAAGCAAGUGCUAGACCCUUUGGUUUCCCUUUAGCGAAGAAAAGUGACGAAGAUACGCAGUCACUCACUCAGAAUAAAACUAACGAACGGAAAGUCUUAAGAGAAGAGAAUCAGAAAGCAAACCAGGAAUCCAAACCGUCGCAUACCGAAAAGAAAAGAAAAAACCUGAACCGAAAGAACUGUGUAUGAAGAACGUUACGUUUCCGUUCAGAUUCAAAUCAAAGUUUAUUAUUAACAGCUCAUUAAUUUGUAAGACAAUUCGUAAAAAAAACAACACAAAAAAAACCACACAAGAGAACGAUUGUGUGCGGAAGAAAGCGGUUCAUCUUUUCUACUCUAUUUUAGAUCGAAGGGGAGAAAAGGAUGAGAGUAACCGAAUCCGAAUUCGAAUCGCCACUAAAUCAUUUUGUUAGGUAAGUAACUUUUCUAUUUUGUUAAUUUUUUGGUUAUGGAUUAUCCAAUUUAAAAAAAAAGUGUUUUUAAAUGCACACGUGUAGUAGCUAUUAUAUAAAAACUAGUGGGUAGUCAAUGUCAAUGUAUUACAAACAAGAAUGUAAUCAAAAUACUAAACUAAAUUUAAACGAAAAGAAGAAAAAAAAACAAAUAUUCACACCCCUCCUGUCGGCAUAAAAUGCUAAAAGGAAUCCAAUCUCUUACUGAAAUAGAUGUUAAUGCAAAUAACGUUUCUAGAAAGCUAAAAAGUCAGCAAAAAUGAAACAAGCAAACGAGAAAAAAUCAUCAAAAAAAAAGUAUAUGAAUAUAUCCCCCCAACCCUUAGAUGUUGCGUGAUACUUUUCUAAUGUUUGAAAUUAUUAAAAAACAAAAAAAACCAACCGAAAAGAAGAACUACAAAAAAAAAUGUAUGCCAUCGCUAACCAUAUUUUACCUCUCCGAUUGAACACAUGCUUUUGCAGUUUGCACCCCGGUUAAAAACGUGCCGUCAUUUUUGUUUGUUUAAGAAACAACGGAGAUCAAACAUUCAUAUCGUUCUCAGAAAAAAAUAACAGAAAAAUUCCGAUGUUAGAAGUUAUCAUUUCCGUGCUUCAGGAAAAACAAAAGCGCACCGAACUUUCAAUGAAACAAAAGCUGACAAUUAAGUGUUAUAAGCGAAAAAAGAAAAGAAACUAGAACAAUUGUGUGGAAAAAUGGUAGUCAAUCAGUGUUGCAACAGGAAGAAGAGAAAAAACAAAA